GAGAAGACGGUCGAGAAGACGGUCGACAGCGACGACAAACAGCCGCGCGAUAGGACUGAAUCGGAGUCAUCUAAUCCGGACAUACACUUCGAGCCCGUCAUUCAGUUGCCAUUAGUGGACAUCCAGAGUAUGGAGGAGAACGAGACGGAACUCCUGAAGCUACGGGCCAAACUGUAUCGAUACGACACCUCCGAAGAAGUGCCACAAUUCAAAGAGAGGGGAACGGGAGAAGUGAAACUUCUUAAGCAUAAGGACAUCCGCGCCGUCAGGAUAUUAAUGAGAAGAGACAAGACGUUGAAGCUCUGCGCCAAUCAUUACAUAAUGCCGACAAUGGAGCUGAAGAAGCACCAGAACAGCGACAAAGUGUUCGUUUGGAGCACUUUCGCCGACCUCUCGGACGAGACGCCAACUCCAGAAACACUGGCCAUCCGUUUCGGAAACGCCGAAAACGCACAGAAAUUCAAGAAAGUCUUCGAAGAAUCCAAAGAGUUUGUGUCAGAUCCGGACGAUUCCAUUACUAAUACUCUGAAUAGAAUUCAUAUCAAAGACAACAAUGAGAGUGAAAGCGAGUCAGAAGAGGACACCGAAUCCGAUGAAGAGGUGGACGAGAAGGAGAAGAGUAAGGAUGAGAAGAAAGAGCCGGAGAUCCCGAAGAAUGAGGACAAAAGUGACACGAAAACCGAUGUUAAAGAAUAAGAGCCGAGAAUGAUUUGAAUCUAAAUUUUAUUUUUUAUGUAAUUUUGUGACAAAACAAUCUCACCAAAAGUUUUUAUAUAUUUUGGGAUACAUUUAUUUCGCGUUGAUUUGAAAAUAUGACAAAUUUUUCGAUAUCAAGACAUAACUUGCAGUAAAAUUCACUUUUGUUUACAUAUCUAUGAUUAUUGAGUCAAUUGUUUAUGAAUACAAUAAAGAUAAGG